AUGGCCUGGCUGAAUGGAAUAGGAUUCGCAAGCGGGAGCGUAACAAACGUAACAGAGAAGAAAAAAAAACAAAAGAGGAAAAUGCAGUUACUGCAUCCUGGCAGUAUUUAUCCCAGUACAUCGGAACUCUAUAAUGACCAAAGACUCUAUAACCACGAAUCGGAUGAAAACGAACCUGUGUCGGUUCUUAAAACGGAGGAAAUAAUAAAACCUUUCAGUGAUGAAGACAUGCGCAGGAACGGCUUUGAUGUUCCGCAUAUAGACGAGGAUGAGUACACAAAUCCGUUUAGUGAUUAUGACGGCUACAGGACGGAGUCUUCACCGAACAAUGGGAAUUCUGGUGAGACGGUAAGAAAUUUUGCUGGUCAUUUCGUGCCAGUGCGGAAAGAAAGCGAGAACUUUAAUACACCGAUGGUAAAACAUGUUGAAAAUAGCAGGAAAUGUUCUACGAGUGUUUCAUCCUGUUCGAUGAGUAUGGAUGAGACAACCAGCAGUUCAGAUGCACAGAUAGCUUUCACAGCAAAGAAAGUUAGCACUAUGAACAUGCCAACAGCUUCCGUGUCAGAAACAGCAAUUGAUAUGAAUACGCCGGUAUCUCCUGUGUCAGAGAACUUGGAAGAGGGCAUUAACGAUGAAAACAUGCUGGCAUCUCCAAUGUCAGAAAGCUCAGAUGAUACUGACGGCACGCAAAUCACGAUGAACCUCUCGUCUAUAUCAAAAAGCACGGAAGAAGAAAAAGUUGAUGAUAGGGUUGUAACGAUAAACGAUCCAAGUGUGUAUCAAGGUUUGGUGGACAGGCUGCUGGUCAAUCGAGAGAGUUCAAGGAAAACGAAUGUCUUUUAUUCAAGAGAAAAUCAAAAUAACAUCGAAACGGGAAGCGCUACAGAAUACACAUCAGGCUGGCCAAGAACCAAUGGACAGGAUAUCGCGUCUCUUCUACAAAAGACGGGGCUUUUCCUUGGUUCUGGUCAACCUCACCAUGAUUCUGACGCUGACUACGAAUUAUUCUCCGGUUCGAUACUCAACAGAAACGGUUUCGUGAACCGCCGUGGUACGCCCCUACCCGAUGUCCCGCAAAAUCACAUGAACCUAGGAUCGAAUGCGAGAAGUAGCAACACCAUUUAUGAUCACGGCGUAUCAAAAAAGGUCAUUAAAGCAGAAUAUCGGCAAUGGGAAUGGGUGCACGCAAGCUCAGAGUUUUCGUCAAAAGAAAAUUCUAACGAAAAAUACCCCAUGGUCAAGGAGAUGGUAGAAGAGGAAAGCAUUUCCUCAUCAGAUUUGCAUGAUGAUGAUUUGAUGAGUGGUUCCUCGAUCAGUAGCUCUGAGGAGGAUCUUUGUGCUGGUUCCAUGCAGGGUAACGAGCCUAUCCGUUACGUCCAGCAAGAGCAUCAUACUGGUGCAAGCGAUUCGUUUGACUCGGAAGACAUCAGUGCGAGCGACAGCAAUUUUUCGAGCGUUGAGGACGAGCAAAAUAAACACGUUGAACAUUAUCCGGAUUUACAUGCUUCUUCAAGCAACUCAGAGCUAAUUGAUUUUUCGUCUUUUCUCACGCAGCCAAGAAGCGAUGAAAUCACUGAUUUGAGGGAGCAAAGGGAUCCUCUGCAUUCGGAAUCGUUUUUUUCAUCACAGAAAAACGAGCAUAAACUCGAAAAUGACGCGAGCACUCGCAGUGCACGCACAGUAAAUAUGGACAGCACUUCGAUGCUCACGGGGUUCACAACGGCGAGUAAGAAACAGAUAUAUGUCAGCGAAGAUGCCAUAAAAAAAAUGGCUAAGAGACUUGAUCAGGAUUCAGAGCGCGCAGCGGAUGACAAUGCUGUCGGUGUGAGCAUGGACGUCUUCGAUGAGGAGAACAUUUUUAAUGAUGUAAGGAUGAGGGAGAACGCACAGGUCAAAGUAUCUGUUUUAACCGAAGAUUGCGUAUUCUCUGAUGGAGAGCCGUCUAACAAAUCAAAGGAGGAGUCGAACGAAAAUGGCAAGCGAACUAGACCGGGUGAUACGGUGGAUGGAGAAAGUGUGAUCAGGAAUGAUAGAUCACAUAUUACGGGUGCAAAGGCAGAAGAUACGCGGAAUGGCAGAGAUUUAAAUGGAAAGCAAUCAAAAAAUAGAAGUGAUACCGGAAAACAAAUCGUGAAAGAAUUAGAGGCGAGUGCUAUUAAUGGGAUGGAGAAAAAGGUGCUAGAGAUCAGCGAUGAAACGAAUAAAAAUCGAAGCAUAUCGCGAAUUGGUGGUCGGAUUGACAUAUGCAAUUCAAAGUUCUGUGUUGAUGGAGCACAAAAAGAAAACGAACCAGUCGUGGGAGCAAAUGCCAAAGACAAGAACAAACAGAAUCGGAUCGUAAAACACGCGUCUAAAGACGAAAUCAGGGUAAAAAUGGAUGAUAUUGCGCCAAUAAACAACGAUAUCAUCACAAAAAAUGCACCGAUGCGCAUGUACGGAAAACCUGUGAAGGGACAUACAACACUAGAAAUACAGAAGAACAGAAAAAUCGAAGAAAUUUACGCCAAAAUUGCAAAGAAAUACAAAAAUCAGAGAAAAGAAUGGGUCGAUGUGCAGUUCAAAUGGGCAUACCUGAGCUGCUUCAAAUCGAAUACUCUAGAGAGGGACAUUGCAGACAGGAUGGAGAAAAGAAGGAUAAGCGAGUACAGCAUUCUCCGGCGAAUCGUUGAGGGUGACGAUGUAUGCUUUAAAUUGAUGUGCCUGAUGAUCGUAAGGACGGGCAGCAUGCUUGAGCUUUACGAUGGCUUUUACUCUCUGCUUUUCAGAGCGGACAAGGCGAUACAGGGGCGUGUUGUGGCACAGAAAUUGAAAAUUGGCGAUAAAAUUUAUGUUUUUAACGCAGAGUUGCUCACACAUGAGAAGGAUAUCCUUGCGAUAGACGGGCCUGCCUUUCAGAUGCACUCGAACUCGGUGAUGCGCGUACGGGAUGAUAAGAAACUGGGAUAUACCAAAUGCGCGUCGUUCUUGAUCAAAUUUACGAAUGUGGACAAGACAGGCGGUCUCGUUCCAGCGAUUGAGUUCUCGAUUAUCAAAAUUGUUGAGGACAAGGUACUGAUUCAGUGCCAAGGACUGAAACGAGCCGUAGAUAUGACCAAACUGGAAGAGGAGAUGGAAUACAUGAAGGUGUUGGCCGUCAAACAUGGCGUUAAAGAAGAGUUCAAGCUGAAAAGAUACUGCAAGCUGCUUGUCAAGGACCUUCAUAGCUGCAGAGAAGGCAUUUUUACAUGGUGGAAUAUCAGGGAAGAGAUAAGGAUAGGCGACAAGAUAAGAGCAAUCAGCACAGCAAUUGUCAACGAUACGGUUGGUUUGCACUUCAACACCAUCAACAGAUCGUAUGUAGCAAAAAUGUAAGUAUCUGCCUAUUUGAUUUGGCACUGGCAUUAAAUAAAAAAGAGGAAUAGACCAAGUAAGCUUACGCUGCCGAUAUGCCAAGACAGAUCUUUUGCCAGAACAGAAGGACCAAAAACCUUCACUUCGUAUUACUCCAUAAAACAGAGAAGUAUUUUAAUUGUUGUACAGGCAGUAACCUUUGUUUUAGUGCCCGUUCAUUAGCGAUUCUCCAAUUUUUUUCGUUACCAGUCCAACUUACCAAUAUCAACCAAUUUUCU